GUCUGUAUCCUCUUAGCUCUAUCCUAUCUAUCUCUAUAUAUAUAUAUAUAUAUAUACGCAUACAAUUAACAGAGACACGCACACACACACACACAGAGAUGGGGGGUAUGAGUGAGAAGCAAGAAGCAUUGGUUAAAGAAUCAUGGGAAGUGAUGAAACACAACAUUCCUGACCUCAGUCUUCGUUUCUUCACUUUGAUUCUGGAGAUAGCACCACCAGCAAAGAACAUGUUCUCAUUUCUAAAGGACACAGAUGAAAUCCCACAAAACAACCCAAAGCUCAAAGCCCAUGCUGUUAAAGUCUUCAAAAUGACAUGUGAAUCAGCCAUUCAACUUCGUGAGAAAGGUGAAGUGGUGGUUGCGGACACUACUCUCAAGUGGUUGGGAUCUGUUCAUCUACAAAAGGGAGUGAUUGAUCCACACUUUGAGGUUGUGAAAGAAGCAUUGCUGAGAACAGUGAAGGAGGCGACGGGGGAGAAAUGGAGUGAGGAGAUGAAUGGUGCGUGGGCAGAAGCCUAUGAUCAGCUAGCAACUGCCAUCAAGAAUGAGAUGCAUGCAGAGGCAGCUACUGCUGCUGCCAUCAACUCCUCAUAGUUCUCGAUUUUAUGAUCCGCAGUGGACUGCUGGAUGUGGUCGUCGUUUGUGAUUUCAUCUCAUUUUAUCUUGUCUCGAUGAAGAAAAAAUAAGAUAAAAUGGGUUUGGUAGGGAUGUAAUACUUCGAAUAUGUGUUUGAAUGUGAA